AUGGAGCCCCAAUUAUCGUCGGAAGCUUUGCAGCAGGGUGCGGCCGCCGUGCUGGAGUAUUGCGCCAUUGAGUCUCCGCUGGCACAACCUCGAAACGCAAUUUUCGGUCAGUUUUUCUCUGCCCUGGUUGGGAUUUGUAUCGUAAAGCUCUUCGAGCUGAACCCAAACCAUGAGAAACUAUACUGGGUUGCUGGCCCUCUUGCCUGUGCAGCAGCGACACUGAUCAUGAUUGUUACGAAGACCGUCCACCCGCCAGCUGGAGCCACGGGACUGCUUGCAGUGGUCGACCCAACGACGAGGCGUAUGGGCUGGUUCCUACUGCCUGUGGUUCUUCUCUGCUCAGUCUUGAUCCUUGUUGUGGCCCUCCUGGUCAACAAUGUUCAAAGACAGUUUCCUAUGCACUGGUGGACUUCAGAAAGCCUUUUGUCGACUGGCCAAAAGAAUGAAGACGACUCAACGGAGACUGAGGAAGCAGAUCCUUUACCUCUUCCUGUAAUCAAGGAAAAGGCACCACACAACCGUCGUCAAAUAACCAUUCAAGCUGGGCAGAUAAUUGUUCCUGAUUCUCUCGUUCUUACUCCAGGAGAGAUGCGGUGUCUGGAAGAACCCGCUUUUCUUUUAGUUAGGGCUUCUAUCGAUAAGACCCCAAGCCGCCCCCCACCUAUCGCAGCGUCAACCGCAAAUCCUUUCGACUGCUUCAUAUUUUUUUUUUCUCAAGUACAUCGACCCAUUAAUCCGGGUCCGCUUGACGGGGAUAAAGCUUUCGUGUCGGUAUCCAUAUCCAGAAUGGUGUCUGCGUCAAAAGCCGCCCGCCAGGCUAAGCGUGCCGCCGAAGGCAAGGAGAAGAAAACGCCCGCUUCCCGGCUGUCUUCCAAGGUCAACUCAAAGAAUGUCUCACAGGCAUCAUCUGUGAAUGGUGACGAAGUGGAGGAUACCAACCUUGUGGAGGAGCCUGCCACCAGUGCCUCAAAGAUGUCCGAUGUCAAGAAGCUGACGGAGCAGAUGGAUAAACAUGGUCUAUCCGAUCGUGUAACAACCGGUGUGUUAUCAUCGCUUUCUUCUAGCAGAGACGUAAAGAUUACAUCGGCAUCGCUUGUUUUCCACGGCCGAGUUAUCAUAACCGAUACCACACUCGAACUCAACUACAGCCGACGAUAUGGCCUCCUUGGUGAAAACGGCUGUGGAAAAUCCACGCUUUUGAAAGCGAUUGACAAGAGAGAAUUUCCGAUUCCAGAGCAUAUUGACAUCUACUUACUCAACGAAGGCGCUCCUCCAAGUGAUCUUGGCGCCUUAGAAUGGGUUGUGAGAGAGGCAGAAAAUGAGAUGGAUCGGCUCGAUAAGCUUGCGGAAGAGAUUCUGGAAAAGGAUGGCCCUGAAAGCCCUGUUUUAGAGGACUUAUACGAGCGAAUGGAAAACAUGGACCCUUCCACCUUCCACACAAGAGCAUCUUUGAUUUUGACUGGUUUGGGCUUCAAUAAAGUUACCAUUACAAAGAAGACGAAAGACAUGUCUGGUGGUUGGAGAAUGCGUGUCGCUCUCGCAAAGGCCUUGUUCGUCAAACCGUCGUUGCUGCUUCUCGAUGAUCCAACUGCCCAUCUUGACUUAGAGGCCUGUGUGUGGCUCGAGGAAUACCUGAAGAAGUGGGAUCGCACCCUCAUCCUUGUUUCGCAUAGCAUGGAUUUCUUGAAUGGUGUUUGCUCAAACAUGAUUGAUAUGCGCGAGAAGAAAUUGAUUUACUACGGUGGUAACUACGACUCUUACCAUAAGACUCGUUCCGAGAACGAAACAAAUCAGAUGAAAGCAUACCACAAGCAACAAGAAGAAAUUGCUCACAUUAAGAAGUUCAUUGCGUCCGCCGGUACAUAUGCUAACUUGGUCCGACAAGCCAAGUCCCGCCAAAAGAUUCUCGACAAAAUGGAGGCGGAAGGGUUUAUUCAACCUGUUGUGCCAGACAAAGUCUUCACAUUUCGCUUUGCAGAUGUUGAAAAAUUGCCACCGCCUGUACUCUCUUUUGAUGAUGUGACAUUUUCGUACAGCGGAGAAGCGAAGGACAACCUCUACGAGCACUUGGACUUUGGUGUUGACAUGGACUCCAGAACCGCGCUAGUCGGCCCCAACGGUGUUGGAAAAUCAACUCUCCUCCGUCUUAUGACUGGAAAACUGAGCUCAACCUCUGGUACCGUCACUCGUCAUACUCAUCUCAAACUGGGAUUAUACAGUCAGCACUCUGCAGAGCAGCUAGAUCUUACUAAAUCCGCCCUUGAUUUCGUUCGAGAUAAAUACAAGGAAAAGUCCCAGGACUACCAAUACUGGCGCCAGCAGCUCGGCCGCUAUGGUCUUACGGGUGAAGCCCAAACCGCGCUGAUGGGUACUCUAUCUGAGGGCCAAAAGAGUAGAAUUGUUUUCGCUCUGCUUGCUAUUGAUGGACCCAACAUGCUUCUCCUUGACGAGCCUACAAACGGUCUUGAUAUUCCUACUAUCGACAGUUUGGCAGAUGCCAUCAAUGCCUUCAGUGGUGGCGUUGUUGUGGUUUCUCACGAUUUCAGACUCCUUGAUAAAAUCGCAAAAGAUAUCAUGGUAUGCGAGCAUAAAACUGUCCGUCGAUGGGACGGCAGUAUCGGCGAAUAUAAGGCAUAUUUGAGGAAAAAGAUGAUUUCAGCUGGUCAAGUUUAA